AUGCGCGCGAAGCCGCCUCCCGUAGACAAGAGGUUGCUGCGAACUUUAUCGCAUCGCAUCGCAUCCCAUCUAUCUAUCUAUCUAUCUAUCUAUCUAUCUAUCUAUCUAUCUAUUCUAAUCUACACUAAUCUACCUUAUAAGCAUUCUGUAUUGUUUAACUUAAGAAAUCUAUCUAUCUCAGUCUGUUUGUAUGUAUCUCAGUCUGCUCGUAUCUCACUAUCUGUCUGUGCGUAUCUAUCUAUCUAUCUAUCUAUCUAUCUAUCUAUUCUGGAAAGACGUACAUUAUCUAUCUAUCUAUCUAUCUAUCUAUCUAUCUAUCUAUCUCAGUCUGUCCAUCUAUCUAUCUAUCUAUCUAUCUAUCUAUCUAUCUAUCUAUGUUUAACGAAUAUCUAUCUAUCUAUCUAUCUAUCUAUCUAUCUAUCUAUCUAUCUAUCUAUCUCAGUCUGUUCGUAUCUAUCUAUCUAUCUAUCUAUCUAUCUUAAUAUUACUAACUGA